CAAUCAGGUGGGGCUAAGUAACGUGACUAGUAUUGAUUUCUGCUCCCAUUGGUUGAACAAUUCUGAACCAACCAAUCACAGCACAGAGUUUAGUUCAUUCUAGCAGACUCAGACAUGGCGGAAAUACCGUCGCCCUCCAAAGUGGCAGGGCCCUUCAUGCCCCAGUUUGAGAUAUACUGGAAAAGGUUGGAUCCUAAUAACACCGGACGAGUAGCUCCUAUGGAUGCUGCGAAAUUUCUUAAAUCCUCCGGAUUAUCGGAUCACACACUUGGGAAGAUUUGGGAUUUGUCUGAUCAUGAAGGCCAAGGUUUUCUGGAUAAAAAAGGACUCUUCAUUGCCUGUAAACUUGUUGCUCUCAGCCAGGCAAACAGGGAACUCCUUCUUGAAAGUAUUCUUGAUGAAUCUCCAGCUCCAAACUUCGGGGAUCUAACUGCUCCCGGAGCUAAGGUUGCAGCAGCACCUCGUGGUACACCAGCUCCAAGUAUUAACUUCCUGGUUAAACCUGAAGAGAAAAGGAAGUAUGAUGCAUUGUUUAAUCAGCUCAAACCAACCAACGGGAUACUACCUGGAGAUAAGGUUCGGAAUGUUAUGCUCGGAUCCAAGCUUCCCAUGUCUAUGCUUGGGAAGAUAUGGGAUCUGGCAGAUCAGGAUAAAGAUGGAAACUUAGAUAGGUAUGAGUUUACUGUUGCAAUGCAUCUAGUUUACAGAGCUCUACAGGAUGAUACUAUCCCAGACCAGUUGCCAGCGGAACUCUCAAAAGAAAAGGUUCCUCAACCUUUAUCUGCCCCGGUUGCUCUUCCUGAACUACAUAAUGGAGCUACUCUACGGUUAGACUCAAGUUCUUUGUUAGAUGGUCCGACCCCCAUCCUGUCCAUUGGUUCUAAACCAAACUCAGCUCUCCUUGAGAAUAACAAUACACCAAACCUGAAUAAUCUCAAUGCAAUGUAUGAUCAAUCUGUUUCCAAACCCAACCUCCUGGAUUCUCCCCAAUCAACCCUAAUCCAACCUUCCACCCAACCCAACCCAGCCCACUCAAACCUAUUACCUCGAUCCUUAGAUCCUGUAGGUGCGGCAUCCGUUCAAGCUGUUCCUUGGGUGGUAAACGCUGGUGAUAGACUCAGGUAUGAAGCCUUGUUCAAGCAGACGGACAACGACAAGGACGGGUUCGUGUCCGGAGUCGAGAUUAAGAACUUGUUCCUUCAAACUGGUCUUCAGCAAAAUAUACUUGCUCAUAUCUGGAAUCUGUGUGACAUGAGACAAGAAGGAAAGUUAAACCCCGAACAGUUUGCUCUGGCUAUGUACCUAGUCCAGCAGAAGCAGGCGGGUAAGGACCCGCCGGCGGCACUCACGCCGGACAUGGUUCCGCCCUCAAUGCGCCCUAAGGGUGGUGCGGCGACGAGCAGUGACGGUAACAGGUCGGUGUACAACAACCCUGAGCUGGAGGCUAUGGCGAAGGAGAUCCAGGAAUUGAUGCAGGAGAAGAUGAUGUUGGAGAGAGAGGUGCAGGACCAGGAGUACAAUAUUCAGGCCAGGGGAACAGAAUCCCAUAGUUUACAGGUACAGUUCAAUCAUACCCUCGGCACACAGAGGCGUAUUCAGGGCGGGGGCUAUUGGGGCUCAGCCCCCAUAGAAAGUUUGCGCAUGGAUUCCAGCAAAAUGGUGGAUUCAAUAGAAGAAGAGCAAAACAAGAUCACUAAGCUACGUGGCCAAGCAGAUGAACAGGAGGCAAGCCUCAAAGCCCAGGAGGCAGAGGUGCAUGGGAAGAAGCGUGAGCUUGAAGUUCUGAUUGAGGAGGAGAAGGUUCUAGGUUCCAACAUAUCUACCAGUCAGAAGGAAAUAGAAACUCUAGUCAAAGCCCUUGCAGAUAUAGAUUAUCUACUUGGAGAAACAAGGGGGAAAUCCUCGGAAAUGGAGGAAGCAGAGAAGCACAUGGCGGAGGCGAUUGCAAGAUUUGACAAGGUUCUCAAGUCGGAUGAUCCAAGUGAGGCUCAGAACUGUCCUGAUCUCUAUCUAGAGCCGAUAAGGUUGAGCUUCUUGGAACCUGACUACUCCAAGAUAGAUAAACCCAGUAGACCACCUCCUAGACCACAGACGUUUUCUCCUGUGGCUAACGGACGUAUUUCUUCCAACGAUGAUCCUUUCUCCGAUAUGUCUCCGGAGACGAGGGAUCCGACGGCGUUCUUCAGUAAUGAUGAUGCAUUCGCUAACUUCACGGGGUUUCCAGAUAAUUUUUCGUCGAAACCCUCGGCAUUCGCGCACUCCAAACUUUUUGGAUUUGGUUUUGAUGGUGGGGAAACUCCUCCUGUUCUUGUUCCCCGCCCCGGUGAUACAGAUUCUCCCACCCCUGCUCUCCCUCCGAAGAAGCAGGCAGCGGCUCCUAAACGACCUCCUCCGCCAAGACGACCCCCGCCACCUAAGGCCGGGCCGGCUUUAGCCGAACCCGGUCGGCCCCCGCUUCCGAAACAUAGCCCAGACUCGGAUGAUCCGUUCGCGGAAGAGAAUGCCUUUAGUUCUUAUGGACCGACCGCGGCCAAUGAUUCAGAUUCUGGUGUCGGCGGAUUUGCAGAUUUUGGCGCUUUUCAGUCGACUGGGAAUAAAUCAGGGUUUGGAAAAAAUGACAACGCUUUCUUUGAUAAUAAUUGGAAUACAAGUUCAAAUAAUAGUGGGUUAGACUUCUCCGAGGACCCUUUUAAGAACUCUAAUGUACGCUAUGCUGAUCCCUUUGGGAUGGAGGAUUCUGAUCCUUUCUCCAGCCUUAAACAGGAUCCAUUCAAGGACGCUUCCAACGGGUUCGGUUCGGAUCCUUUCUCCGGGUCCGCUUCGGAUCCAUUUAGUUCUUCAAAACCGGAUUUAUUCUCAGAAAAACUCAAAACAAGUGAUUCCUUUGGAGCUGACCCUUUUAAAUCAAAUUCUAACGAUCCAUUCGGAGGAAACCCAAAUACCGAAGAUCCCUAUGGAUCGAAACCUACGUUUGAUGAUCCAUUCGGAUUAAAACCCAAAAGCAACGAUCCAUUUGGAUCAAAACCUUCCGGUUCGGAUCCCUUCUCCUCUCCCCAGGAUAUGUUUGGAUCAAAACAAGACACUAAUUAUUCUAAUGAUCCGUUUGGAACUAGUUUUGCAACUUCUAAUCCGGAUCCGUUCCCAGCCUCCGAUAAUAGUUUCUCCAAUGAUCCAUUCAGUUUAACGACCUUGAGUAACCUGACUUCAAGCAAGGAUUUGAACGCAAACUCCUCGUCCUUCUCCAACCAGCCUGUAGUAUCCAGCACCUCCUCCACCCUCUCCUACAGGAAGGAGGUUCUAUCCUCCUCCUCCUCCACGGAAAGAUCUAAUAAAAAACGACCCGGUCACGGAAUCGCAGAUUUCCUCACUGGCUCCCCGGUGAAAACGGAGAAAAAGAAGGAGAAGAAAACUGGGAAAUUCCAUCUAAGUUCUCCUCUUAAAUCUAAAAGCAAGGACUCUCCUAAGUCGGACAAGAAGGGUAGCAGGGAUAGCCAUGGUUCUGACAGUGGGCCAGAUCAGAUUCAGUUAAAGAUGGCUGCUGAAAUGUCUAAACGGGAAGAGGUAGAACGGCGUCGAAGAUUACAGCUGCAGGAAGAACAAGAGUUAGCCUACGCCAUUGCUUUAAGUAAAGCGGAAGCGGCAAGUCUAAACAACCAAUAGAUAAUCUUGUACACUGUACAGUUCUACCCUUUAUUCCACAUUACAAUGUACACAUACAGUUUACUGUACUGUACUUAACCAGCCAAGCAUCGGAGAAUCCUCCCUGAAUUGAAGAUAUUAUUUUAUAAAUUGAAACCAUCCAUCUUCUUGAAACUCUACUCUUCGUAAAACUAGAUUCAGAAGAUAAAUAGUUAAGGAUUAAACCUAGACGGAGAGUCUUUGGAGGUUGGAUGGUUUUAAGAUUAAUUUUAAUUCUCUCUCCUCUCCAUCCUACUCAUAGGUUUCAGUUUAGUAGCAAUAUAUUCGUGAAUGUUCCAAAAAGUAUCUUGGAGAACUCCGAUCACGAAUUAUUUCUCCCUGUUCUCCGAGAUAUUAUUUUCCUCUGUCUGAGCUCAACCUGCUCUUGUCUCCCAAGACCCAGAUCUCUUCUCGAAAGGGUUUAUACGAUCUACCAAUGCUUUUAUAUUAUGAUUAAAGGGACUGUAAGCGUAAUUUUAAGUGACGCUCCAUGUAAAGAUGUCACUGCCCGAUUCACACCGGUGCCCUUAACGGCUUCGUCCGAUCAAGUAUGAAUUAUAUAUCAAUGUUCACAAUGUUCACCAAAAAAAUUAUUAUUUUCAAUUAUGGGUUCUCUACAAAUGUGAUUUUCUAUAUUGCAGGAAAUCAUAUAGGAAUUAUAAGAAUUAAAUACUGCUAAAUUUAUAGAUACAAAAAUAUACAUUAUUGAUCUGUUAUUGGUGCCAAUGGCUUCGUUGUGAAUCCAGCAUUGCCUUCUUGGUAUGGUGGGGCGCUUAAAAUUACGC